AUGGCGGCGUUCUUAGCAACAGAACUCCGCGGGCAGCUCAGCAACCCCACCACACUAACACACACGCGACGCACACUCUCUGCAGCAGCAGCAGCAGCACAAGCAGCACCAGCAGCAGCAGCAGCAGAAGCAGAAGCAGCAGGGGGAGGGGGAGGGGGAGUGAGAGAGGCAGCAGCAGCAGCAGAAGCAGCGGGGGGAGCGGGAGGGGGAGUGGGAGAGGCAGUGGGAGCGGCAGCAGCGGCAGCAGCAGUGGGAGCAGCAGCAGCAGGAGCAGCAGCACAGCAGCAGCAGCAGCAGCAGCAAGAGCAGCAGCAGCAAGAGCAGCAGCAGCAACAGCAACAGCAACAGCAACAGCAGCAGCAGCACCAACCGCACCACUACAACCACCACGACCAUCACCACCACCAUCAACAGCAGCAGCAGCAGCAGCAGCACCACCACCACCACCACCACGACAACCAGCAGCACCAGCAGCAGCAGCAGCAACAGCAGCAGCAGCAGCAGCAUACCUGGUUCCUGCAGCAGCAGCAGCAGCAGCAGCAGCAGCAGCAGCAACAGCAGCAGCAGCAGCAGAAGGAGCAGCAGCAGAAGCAGCAGCAGCAGAAGCAGCAGCAGGUGAGAGAUGAAAGGAAAUAUAAUAUAAACAGAGAACAUUGCUGCUGCCGCAAGGAAAGCAGCAGCAGCAGCAACAGCAUCAGCAACAACAGCAGCAGCAACAACAGCAGCAACAACAGCAACAGUAGCAAGAGCAGCAGCAACACUAACAGCAGCAGCAGCAACAGCAGCAGCAGCCAUAAGAACUGCAGCAGCAGCAGUAGCAGCAGUGCCAGCAUCAGCGGUGUUGAAUUAUAG